GCCCGCAGGCAGGUGGUGGCGGAGCGCGGGGUCGCGCUCAUCGACUGCUCCUGGGCGCGGCUGCCCGAGACGCCGUUCGGCAAGAUGCGCGGGGCGCACCCGCGCCUGCUGCCCUUCCUGGUGGCCGCCAACCCCGUCAACUACGGCCGCCCGCGCCGCCUGUCCUGCGUGGAGGCGCUGGCAGCUGCCUUCUGCAUCGUGGGAUUCCCUGAUCUAGCCACCAUUCUUCUGAGAAAAUUUAAAUGGGGCAAAACAUUUAUUGAAUUGAAUAAAAAUCUCUUGGAGAAAUAUGCAGCUUGCCAUGGCCCGGAAGAUGUGCUGAAAGUUGAGGAAGAAUUUUUAGCCAGUGCUCAAGAAAGAGAAACUGAAGAAAUAGAUCCAUUUGACGUCGACUCUGGAAAAGAAUUUUCAAAUCCUAACAGACCAAUCAGUUCCAAAGGGGAGGCACAAAGUGAUGAAGAGUCUGAAGAAGAGGGUGAUAGCGAGAGUGACAGUGAUGACGGUACAGAUGAUGACAGUGAAGAACCUGCUCCAUCAACAGCUAGUAAACCAGUUAUUUGGAAAGGAGUGAAAAAAAGACUAAGGGAUUAAAGAAUUUAUAAGCAUUAGUUUUAAAA